AACCCCCUCCACAUUAGCAUGGUCAGCAUGACUCAGCAAAACAAGUAUUUUUUUUUUUUAAUUUUUAUUUUUUGCUCCCCUUCCUGAAUAAAUUCCAGAACUUUCCAAGGCUCCCCAUCCCAAUAUAUCAACCAAAAAAAUAAAAAAUUUAACAAAUUAAAAAAGUACACCUACCCAAAUCCACAAAUAAAAUAUUAAGCCUUUGCUAUUUUAGAUGGUUCCUUCCUCCAUCCCUUCUAAACUCUAGAACUUUCUACUCAAAAUUAUAUUUUAAUUAAUAUCAUAGGUUAUAUAAGUUUCUAUUUAAGGGUCCAAUUGUCACACUUUUGAUAUCCCCUCAACCUUAUUAAUCACAUAAUCUCCCCCAACAAAUCAACAGUAACUGCCAAAACCUACCUUCUUCUUUCCAAGCAGAGCUAAAACAGAGCAUGUCUUACUGUCUUCCAAAAAUUAUACAACUUGUUUCUUCAAAUUUCUUCUUCUUUCUCUCAAUUUCUCUUCUUCUAUAUAUACCAAUCAAAGCUUCCUUCUGUUUUUCUCUAAUUUCUAAUUUUUCUCUUUUCUUCCCUUGUCUUUUAAGUUAUUGAUUUUGAUAUUUUCUGUACAAAUUUGAUCAAAUUCAAUCUUGGUUUUUGCUAAAUUCUCUUUCAAUUUAAAGAAUUGAAUUUCAUCCGGGUUUGCUUCAAUUUCAAUUGUUUCACUUCAAUUUGAGUCACAUUGUGACUCAAUCUUUGAAAAAAAUUUGCUUUUUUCUUUGACUAAUCACCAAAAGUAAAGCUUACCCAGAAAAAUUCAACCUUUGAAUUAUAAAUUUCGACUAUGAAUCCGUUAUAUCCAGUUAAAAAAGAGUUCCCAGAAUCGAGCUCAACGACGUUGACAUUUUCCGGCGAGAUUUCAAGGAAUUUUCCGGCACCUCAGCCUAGAGAAGGAUUACAUGAAGUGGGCCCACCUCCAUUUUUAACGAAAACUUAUGAAAUAGUUGAUGAUCCAAGUACUGAUAAUAUAGUGUCCUGGAACAGAGGAGGUCAAAGCUUUGUGGUUUGGGAUCCUCAUGCUUUUGCUUCUGGUUUACUUCCUAGAAAUUUCAAGCAUAAUAAUUUCUCUAGCUUUGUCAGGCAGCUUAAUACUUAUGGUUUUAGGAAGAUUGAUCCUGAUAGAUGGGAAUUUGCAAAUGAAGGGUUUUUAAAGGGGCAAAAGCAUCAACUGAAGAACAUAAGGAGAAGGAAACACUCAUCUAAUCCUAUGUUUUCUCAACAGGGAGUGAUAGACCCUUGUGUAGAGCUAGGAAGAUUUGGGGUUGAUGGUGAAGUGGAUCGAUUGCGACGCGAUAAACAAGUGUUAAUGAUGGAAUUAGUGAAGCUAAGACAACAACAACAGAACACAAGAUCAUUCUUACAAGCAAUGGAACAAAGAUUACAAGCUACUGAGAUAAAGCAACAACAAAUGAUGAGCUUUUUAGCAAGGGCAAUGCAAAACCCUGCAUUUCUCCAACAGUUAGUCCAACAAAAGGAGAAAAGGAAAGAACUUGAGGAAGCAUUAAGCAAGAAAAGGAGGAGGCCUAUUGAUCAAGGGCAAAAGGGUCAUUUACACAGUGGGGAGUCAAGUAGGUAUGCAAGUGUAACAAGUGGUAGUAGUGUACCUUUAGGAAUGGGACAUGUUAAGGCUGAGCCAUUAGACUUUGGUGGUUCUUAUGGGUAUGAUCAAUAUGAUCCUCUUGGUCCGGUUUCUGAGCUUGAGGCGUUAGCCCUUGAGAUGCAAGGGUAUAGUAGGGGAGGGACCGAGCUGGGGGAGGAAGAGCGUGGUGGUUUGGACCAAUUUGAAGGUGAUGAUAAAGAACUCGAUGAGGAAUUUUGGGAGGAGUUACUAAAUGAAAGGGUUAAGGCUGCCGCCUCUAGUGAUCAAGGAGGCGAAGAGCAGGAGGAUGUGAAUGUGCUAGCUGAUAGAUUGGGGUACUUAGGUUCAAGCCCCAAGUAGAUGGUUCAUUUCUAUGGUAGGAUCUUAAUUAGUUGGUGCUUGCUUAAUUAAUCAUAUUUUCCAUGUUUUUGUGUAGCUUGAUGUGUUUGUUUCAUUUACAGGAGAGGGGGAAGAACCAAUCUGCAGCCAACAAUAACUAUUUAGAGGAAGAUUUAAACUGCUUUUCAAGUCUUUUUCUAAUGAUUCCUCUCUUUGUUUUUCGGUUCAAGUCUUUCGACUUGUCGAAUGUUCCUUCUCAUUUGUGUUUACAUAUUGUAGGAAUGCAGGAAUAUUUCAGAAUGUAGAAGCUAAGUUGAAGUUAUUUGCACCAAAAUUGUGCAAAGAUUGAUUGGAUGAAGUUCAAAUCGAAAAGAGCUUGCUGUGCCAACAAAUCAACAAGAUUGAGAACAUGGUAGUUUAAUUUCUGGUUGAAAAUUUUUAAAGUUUUGUGGCUUUUGGUCAGGGUUCAGCUGGGGAAUCCUGGUUUAUUCACUGCCUUGUAAAUUGCAAGUAUCACACACCAGUCAUUUCUUUUUCCACAAUGUCCCUAUCACCCCCAUUAGUGAUUAGACCCCUAACACUUUCUCUCCUUCCACCCCUUCCCCCUACACCACAUCCCCACUGCUGCUGCUGUUUUCGACGUGUUUUUUUUUAUUCGAAAAGAGUUUGAUGGAAGUUUUUUCACAAGCCCAUGAGGGGAUGAACAAAAUCCACGUGUUAUCCUUUGGGCAUGGACUUGUUCGUCUAGCACCCUAGCUUAUGGGGCAUAUUGUUAUAUGAAUAAGACCUAUGUAGUGGCCAUGGGUCUUAUAUGUUUCCCCAUGGGUUUGUUGGAGAAAAAACUCUUGUCGAUCCCCUUGUAUUUACUUUUUUGAAAAAGUUGUCGAGAGAUGGUUGCAGUGAGGAUGCCAAGUGCUCACUAAGUCAAGGACUUGGCUACAAUUGUGGAGGGGGAGUGUGACCUUUGUCCGCGGGUGGGGGCCUUGGGUGUGAGUCUGCGAGAUGGUGAUUUGCAAGGGAGAGUUGUGGUGGUGAUGAGGGACUGGUGAGAGGGGAAUUGUGGUGGGGAAAAUUUUGGAGAGGGGGGAUGUAAGAUGAUAUUAGCUGUUGAGUUUUACCUAGUGCACAAAACUCUACAUUACCACAUUGAGAGAAAAGGAUACCUCUAGUAGCCAAGAUUAGAAGAUGUAUCAAAUGUCAAUGUUAUAGGGGUGAAACUAGAAAUUAAAUGAGUGUAUCGUAUAUAACUUGUUCAGUAUUCCCAAAUUACAUUAAAGCCAAUUAUCUGUAAAGUUGACUAUUAUAUGAUUUGGGGUGACUAAACAUGUUGUAUACGAUACAUUUUACGUUACAAAUGUACUGAAAAUUUGAGAGGAUUAGGGAUAGCAAAGCAAGCAAAUUUACCCCAACUUUUUAUAGAAUUUGUGGGGGCUAUGAUUCCUUGUUGCUCUCCUUAGUAAAGAUUUUUAUUUAAAAUCCAAUAAUAAUCAAUAUAUAGUGGAUUACAUUAGCUGCUAACACUGCAAGUACUACAUAAUAACAGGUGUGUUAUUAAUUAUUAUCUAGGAAGACCAAAUCUUCCUAAAUUUUAGAAUUCGAUUUAGUCAAUGGUAACUAGUAUAGACUAUAUCUUACUGUUCAAUGAAUUUAAAAUUUCUAAACUAAUCUUUGUAUUAAGUACACUGCUAAAUUCGUUUGACUUUGACUUACUAGAGAUGGAAAGGUGACAGAUUAGUAGCUAUUUGUAAUCAUAAACAACUCCUUUCAAGGCCUUUGUCAAAUUCUUUGCAAGAUGGUUGAUUUGAUUUGGUUGUAAACAUUAGUCUCCCGCGUUUUUAUAUUUAUAACUCCAUUAUUAUAAAAUAAAUCGAGUUGUUAACUAGAUAUUUAACGCAGGUUAAUUAUAUAGUCUCUUUUUAUCGUAAUUACACUUGUCAUUGUCAAAGUGAGUAAUUCACUAUAAUAUUGAUUUAAAUUCAUUAGAAAUUAUUUCUAGCAAAUUCAUAUUGUUGUGCCAUAUUUGGUUGAAGAACAAAUAUUAGAGGUUUGACGAAUGAAUUCAAUGUUCAUUCAUUUACUAUGGAGAAUCAAACCAUUCAAAUGAAUUGAUAUAGACAUGUAGGGAGGAUAAGAUGUAAAGACUUAGUAAUAUUUAGAUGUUGGCAAACAUGAAUCAACUUAAAAAAAUGCACGGGAUGAACUUACAAUGUCUAUCACUGAAAAAUGAUUUAUAAAACGAUGUCCAUAUGUAGCCUAUUACUCUAUUAGGCUUAGGCAGUGAGGCACGGAGUGAAUCCUAAAGUCAAUAAAAAAGAAAUAUUAUUCUGUAGUUCGUACUACAUAAUCUAGCAAAAUCAAGGAAGAAUACCUAAAACUUUUGUGGAAUUUGCUGAUAUCUAUAGCCAAAUUCCAAUUCGCAGAAGUAUAUCACAACCAUUUGGAAAAAGGAUAAAAAAAAUAAAAUUUUAGCAGGUGAAAAAACUGGUCCAAACAAGCUAGUAAAACCAACAAAAAUGGAUCCAUACCCAAAAAAAAAAAAAAAAAAAAAAAAGUACACCAACAAAAAUGGAUUGGGCCUUGUAAUUGACCAAAUCCACAAAAGACAAUCUCUUAUGGGCCACCCACUAGGCCCGUGAUCUGUAACUUGAAUUGGGCCCGGCCUAGCAACUUAGAAAAUGUUGGACACGUUCACAUUUACAGAGUUACUACUUGGCCUUGAUUAAUAUUUGGGUUUGGAUAUGAUUAUUUUUGUUCUAGAUUCGGAUUAAAUUGUCAUCCCGUUACCAACUCUUUUCAAUAAUUAGAGGAGACAUUGUGGCCUAUGUUUUUGACUCCCUUUCGAUAUAUUACGAUCAUGUGUCAAGGUAUAUUCCAUAAUUUCGAUUGAUGCCUUUGUCUAAUGCAUGUGCUAGUUAGAGCUAAUUUGUGGCGGUCUCGGACUUUCAAAUUGACAUUGAGUUUGCUACUUAUAAGAUUUAGAAUUUCAUCAUGCUCAAGAGAUGAUUUUUGAGUUCAAUUCAGGCACGUACGCUUCAUCUUUUCGACAGGUUGGUGUAAAGUUGUUAACUAUCAAGUGACCCUCGCAACGAACUAGGGAGGGAGAGCUAGCUAAUAAUAAGCAUAUCGAUCUCUGAUCCACUUGAGACCCUGUUCUUUUGAGUUGUUCUGCUCUGCUCUACUGAAAUCUGCUUUGCUCUGCUCUGCUCUGCUCUGCUCUGUCAGAAGCUCAAAAGAAUAGGACCUUACUUGACCGCAGAUGAUUAAUAGUAUGAUCAUAUUAGUUCAUCAUAUAACAAACAUUAUACAUACUUCGUACUAUAGUUAGUGUGUUCUUUUCUUUUUGAUAAUCUAAAAAGGAGUUGUUUUGAGACUCUUAUUAAUUACUAUAAGCCUAUAAUAUAAGGUCAAUAGUAGUUAGGUUAUCAGUUACUCUCGCUGCAUUUUAGCCUAGGUGUGUAGUAAAUUGUAACAUUGAAGAAGCAUAUUAUGCAUUGCGUAGUUAAAUGUUGUACUGUGUUUGACCAUUUACUUGCUUAGUUUCUUAGUGCAUAUACUCUCCCUUUUUUAGUUGUAACUACUGUGUGGCUCGGACAAUAUUACACAUACUUUUAUCAUCAAUUAUCUUAUGUUUAGCUAAUGAUAUCAUGCAUGUAAACCUAUUUGAUUAGAGGUACGUAUAAUGUUAUUGUUAAUCUCUGGAUAUAUCAAAUAAUUAGCUACAAUUCUUACAAAGGCCAACAUGUAGACUCGUAAAUAUACAUUUAAUGACAACCAACUUAAAGAAAUUUCAUUCUUUAUUUUUUUAUUUUUUUAUUUAUUUUUUUAUUUUAUUUUUUAUUUUAAG